UUCCCGCCCACACCUCACUCCGUUCUUUUCUCCGCUAUCAAUAAUUCCCUUCCCCAAAUUUAAUUUCUGAGAGGGCCCUAUUGCCAUUGUUGGGGUUUCUGAAUCAGAAUCUCCCAAAUUCUGCACGCCAUGGCCACCAAGCGGAAGACGAGGUCGCUUUCGGCCUCGGCAUCGUCUUCUGAUUCGAAGAAGGGCGAGCAAACCGAUCAGCAGCAGAAGUUAACCAGGAGAGCUGUUGGAGAUGGUGACGGCCCCGAGCCCAAGUUCAUCGGCCCACCGCUUCAAGACGACGACGCUCGCAAGCGAUGGCCCAAGAGCUACGCCGACAAGAAGAUGCGGGUAUCUGGGCUAAAUGGUACAAACAAAGAUGAAAAUUCUGUCCAAGCUAGGUGUCACUAUGCCAAAGCAGAGGUGGAUGGGAUUGUUUACGAUCUAUAUGAUGACGCUCACGUAAAAGCAAGUGAGGGAGAAGAACCCUACAUUUGUAAGGUUCUAGAAUUUUUCACUGCAAUUGAUGGAUCAAUGUAUUUUACUGCACAAUGGUACUACCGGGCGCGAGAUACUGUCAUAAAAGAUUGUGCUGUCAUGGAUCCUAAAAGAAUUUUUUUUUCGGAGAUUCAAGACACAAACCCUUUGGAAUGCCUUCUGGGGAAGCUUAAUAUUGUCAGAUUGCCUUUAGAUGUCGAUUUUGAUGGAAAAAGUAAAUUGAUUCCAGAGUGUGACUACUAUUGCGAUACAAAAUAUUUGUUACCUUAUUCAAGUUUUGUCAAUUUGCCAGCAGAAAUUGUGCUGGCCGGAAUUGAUACCUCUUCCGCAAUUUCUAAUGGCGUUAAUUCUGAACUUCCACAAGGUUGCUCCAGUAGAGAGUCUAGUAAACCAGAAGUCAGAUUGCUAGAUUUAUAUUCUGGCUGUGGCGCAAUGUCGACUGGCCUAUGCCUUGGUGCAUGUUCUGCUGGCGUUAAUCUUGUUACUAAAUGGGCAGUUGAUGUGAACAAGCAUGCUUGUGAAAGUCUGAAGUUUAACCAUCCUGAAACAAUGGUUCGGAAUGAAUCUGCCGAAGAUUUUCUUUCAUUGCUAAAACAAUGGGAACAACUCUGCAUCUGUUUUAACUUUGUCGGAACAAAUGAAUCAGAGAAGCAUGGGUUCAAUUUCUUCUUUAAAACAGAAGAUACUGAAGAUGAAGAUGAAAUAAUUGACACUGAUAAUGAAGCUUCGGAAGUCUAUGAAGUAGCACAAGUACUAGAAAUAUGUUAUGGUGAUCCCAACCAUAUCAAAGAGAGGGGAUUGUACUGUAAGAUCCGGUGGAAGGGCUAUGGUGCUGAUGAGGACACCUGGGAGCCUAUUGAGGAACUGAGUCAUUGUAAAGAGCGGGUACAAGAGUUUGUUUCUCAGGGUUAUUCAUCAAACCUAUUGCCCUUACCUGGUGAUGUGGAUGUGAUCUGUGGUGGACCACCAUGCCAAGGAAUAAGUGGAUUUAACAGGUUUAGGAACGAAGAAGAUCCAUUGGAUGAUGAAAAAAACAAACAAUUGAAAGUUUUCAUGGAUUUAGUUCAGUACCUUAAGCCCAAGCACGUUUUAAUGGAAAAUGUGGUUGACCUUGUGAAAUUUGCUGAUGGGUUCCUUGGUCGUUAUGCAUUGGGACGUCUUGUUCACAUGAACUAUCAAGCAAGGAUGGGCAUCAUGGCAGCUGGGGCAUAUGGACUUCCGCAGUUUCGUUUGCGUAUCUUUAUGUGGGGAGCCCGGCCUACUGAGAGGUUGCCUCAAUAUCCAUAUCCGACACACGAUGUCGUAGUAAGGGGUUGUAUACCUACUGAAUUUGAGAGAAAUACUGUCGCUUACGAUGAGGGUCAUAAUGUCAAACUAGAGAAAAAGCUCUUCCUGGCGGAUGCGAUUUCUGAUCUCCCCCCUGUUGAGAAUAGUGAAAACCAGGAUGAAAUGCCCUAUGGGGAACCUCCCCAAACAGAUUUUCAGAAGUGUAUCAGACUCAGCAAGAAUUAUAUGCUGCAGCUUUCAGUCAGUGAACCCUGGAAUGAGACGCUAUAUGAUCAUCGUCCAUUAAAGCUGAACGAAGAUGAUUAUGCACGUGUCUGCCUAGUACCUAAGAAAAAGGGUGGGAACUUUAGAGAUCUACUAGGUGUUCAUGUGCGUGGUGGUGUAGUGGAGUGGGAUCCUGAUGUAGACAGAGAGUAUUUGGAUUCGGGGAAACCAUUGGUACCUAAUUAUGCUGUGAGUUUCAGGAAUGGGACUUCAAAAAAGCCUUUUGCUCGGUUGUGGUGGGAUGAGACUGUACCAACAGUUGUUACACGGGCUGAGCCACAUAAUCAGGCGAUUCUGCAUCCUGAACAAGAUAGAGUGUUGUCAAUUCGUGAGAAUGCACGUCUACAAGGCUUUCCAGACUACUAUAAGCUUAGUGGUCCAGUAAAGCAGAGGUACAUUCAAGUCGGCAAUGCUGUUGCAGUUCCCGUUUCAAGGUCAUUAGGAUACGCGUUAGGUCGUGCGGUUAGAGGUAUCUCGGACGAUGAACCACUAUUUACUUUGCCUGAGAAGUUCCCUUACCCUCCGGAGCAGAUUCCUCUUGUGUGAUGGACAGGAUGGGUCACAGCGUUAUAAGAAAGUAUAGCCAGUUUAUGUUAAAAUGUCGGUGCCCUUUUGUGAACAAUAGCUCAAUGGUAAGUCAGAUUGUUGACUCAAGUUUUGUUCUGCUGAGUAACUGUUAUGUUAAAGGGGAAUUAUAAAAAGCAAUCAUAUUGAAUUGAUUAUAGGGAUAAUUUCAUCCAUAUUACUUUCUGAUUAUUAGAUAUUACCCUAUUAAUGAGAAAUAUUACAUUUCUGUGUAUUCUCUCUGAA